GGAUGGCCUUGUCGCUGGAGCUGCCGCCAGUCCUUCUGGCGCUCCAAUUCCCUAUCCUUUAUCUCAACAACAUGGCUGCGCUGGCAGUGGGACCUGAGCAUCAAGUCGCGCGUGUCGCCAUUAGUUUCCCGAUACUUCUUCUGUUCAUGGCGCAGUCUUGGUACAGACAAUGGGAUAUACAAUGGGGGCAUCGCUACGCCAUGGAAUGCCUGAGUUUUGCCAUGAUGUUUGAUUGGAUAGAUCGGGUUCUGCUGUCGAAUCCAGACAGGGAAGGAUGGUACAAGAUCCAUUAUGGAAAAGGUGCUGCACUGCAGAAAGAGAAGGAUGAGACGGCAAACGGCAAGAUGAACGGCAACGGGAAGGCGGUAGCGCCGAGAAAGAGAUAUGAAAUCAUUCCCGGUGGCGCUGGAACUACCUUUUGGAGCCGCAUGUGGUGGGGUGCCCGUCUGUCCGUUACAAACCGAUACGUGGGAUGGAGCUGCCAAGUCAAAAACAUCAAUAUGGAAGUCCCCUCUGACUAUCCUCGUCUUCUCUUCAUCGCCCGCAAAACGCUGCGCCUGGCAAUCUUCUACAUCUGCAACGACAUCAUUGUAUGCCACUCGGCCGCCUCUCCCUACGGCACUUUCGAGGUUCUGGAAAAGUCCGGCCAGAAAUUCGUACAGCUCCUGCCCGCGGACCCCGCCAUGUUCCACAUCCGCUUCUGGUACGCAUGGGUGCAAAUCAUCAUCUGUUUCGUCAACCUCGAAAUCAUGCACACUCUGUACGCCAUCAUCAGUGUAUCCUCUGGCCUUGCCAACCCGCGUGACUGCCCCUCAGGCUUUGGCCGCCUCCGCGAUCUCUGGAGCGUCCGCCAGGCGUGGUCGUCCGUCUGGCACCAGCAGUGUCGCAGGCUAUGCGCCGCACCCAGUCUGUGGCUUGCGCGGAAUGGACUAGGUCUGAAAAAGGGCUCAUUUGCGUCCAAGUACGUGCAGCUGUUUGCUGCCUUUACCAUUACAGGCGCCGUACAUGCGUUUGGCUCCAUGAUGAUUGCUCAUUCAUGGGACGACACGGGCUCAUGGCGGUUUUUCCUCACCCAGGCCGCCAUCAUCAUGGUGGAAGACCACGUUAUCGCUCUCGGCAAGAAACUGGGGUGCAGAGAUUCAGCUCGCUGGCGCCUGCUGGGAUUCGUAUGGGUGGUGCUCAUCAUGGGGUGCACGUUUGAGGAUUACUUUAGACACAUGGUCAGGCAAAAGGUAUGGGUGCAUGGCUAUAUGCCGGAUUUCUUUGGCAUUGGGCCUAAGCGGCCGUAGAUGAGUUGGUGUUUGCCUCUGUCGAAUCUUUUGCUCUCUCGAGUAGAGCAGCUUGGGUUAGCAAGCGCUUUUUAUGCACACUACCUUGUCACGUGUGUGUUGAUUUACUUCUAUCCGUGAUUUCAACGGACUUUACAGUGGAAUAGCGUACGUGAUAGAUGUCAGCAGCGGAGUAUUA